UUGGAUGCUACAAGAAAUCAAAAAUGGAAAGCGUGCAGAAAAUUUAAAAAUGAACAUGUUACAAGCUAUCCAUUUUCUUAUUCAAAGUUGGGAUGAAGUUAGCACCAGUACAAUUUGGAAUUGUUGGUCACACACGAAAAUUCUUCCUGCAGAUACCAGCUUCUAUUUAAGAAGUCCCUCAGAAGAUUUGUGUCGAACUGCAGAUCCUGUACUUAAUGAUAUUUUGAACGUACUUGAAACUCUCAACCUUCCAGAUUCUAUGCCAGUUGAAGAAUUUUUGGCAAUUCCCGAAAAAAACGUCGUUUAUGAAGUUCCUUUGGAUGACCAAGUUAUUACCGAUCUUAUUGAAACAUUUAGAGCUGAUGAACCAACAACCGUUGAAUUGGAAGAUAUAGAUGAUA